AAGACUGCAUAAGCUGACCCCUCGAUGCCGUCGGAGAUGCGGCUUGACUCAUUACAUUUGUACCUGCAUCUUUAGCGUCGGUGUAGACGCGGAACCACUAGCGCACUCUCCGCACUGGACAGCAUGCAGGUGCAGCCAUCUACCAUAGCACCUUCCUCAACUCACCACUAACUGGAAGUGAACAAGAAAUGGCGAAGGUGCCAGGAGGGUUGUGGAAGAAUGCGAUUGCUGUUCAGGUUUAUGGUGCCAACACGGGAGUUGGCAAAACAGUAUUCUCGACGCUCCUGGGUGCACAUUUCGGUAGGGCAAGCCUUAAGAGCAGGGCAUCGCCGUUGCGCCACGGGCCCUACAAAGUACAAUAUGUAAAGCCUGUAUCGACAGGUCCAGCUGAUGAAGCCGACGAUAGCUAUGUGCACAAGUACACUGGCCAGCGUGUUUCCACACUUUUCAAGUUCGACAAAGCUGUGAGUCCGCAUGUUGCGGCAAGAGGUUCGGAGCACAUUCCCAGCGAUGAGCUCAUCAGCCAAACGGUGUUCAAAUCGGUCCAGAAAGCAGCCGCCACAUUAGAUCAGGGCCGACUCUUUUCGAUCAUUGAGACAGCUGGUGGAGUUCUGAGUCCAGGACCUUCUGGUACGCCACAGGCGGAUAUCUUUCGACCAUUACGACUUCCUGCGGUGCUUGUAGGCGACCAUCGGUUAGGUGGCAUCGCCUCUACCAUAUCAGCUGCGGAAUCCCUGAUCAUGCGAGGAUAUGAUAUCGAUGCUGUUGUGUGUUUCGAUGACAAGAGUCAAUACGAAAACGCAGAUUACCUAAAGAAGUAUUUCAUGGAUAUGGGCAUACCAGCUUACAAACUACAUUGGAUCCCAAACCUCAAGGGUGUUGCGCCAGGUACGAAGGAAGAGACGCAAAUCAUGCGGAAUUACUACGACACGGAAAGCGAUAGUACAAUGGUAGGAACGAUUGCCGAGGAGCUGAUUCAUCGCCACGACCAGCGACUCAGGCGCCUAGGAUCCAUGCCGUAUGAAACAGAGGACAAGAUUUGGCAUCCGUUCACACAGCACAAGCAUGUGAAGAACGCGAACGACAUACUCGUCAUCGAUUCGGCAUAUGGCGACUUCUUCCAGGUCAAGCACAAGGGUAAUGAGGAGGUGCCCCAUCCUGAGAACCAGACCUUGUACCCAGCAUUUGACGGUUCCGCGUCAUGGUGGACUCAAGGACUUGGACACGGCAAUCCGCGAUUAGCAUUGGAAGCAGCAUACGCAGCAGGACGCUAUGGUCAUGUCAUGUUUGCCGGCGCCACACACGAACCAGCUCUCACUCUAGCGCAGAAGAUUCUUUCGGGCUCUCCACAGGGGACCCGUUUGAGGAAAGUGUUCUACACAGAUAAUGGCAGCACAGCGACAGAAGUCGGUAUCAAGAUGGCACUUCGUGCAUCCAGCAAGCGUUAUGAUUGGGAUAGCGCAAAAGAGUCCAUAGGUGUCCUUGGCCUCAAAGGCAGCUACCACGGAGACACAAUCGGUGCCAUGGAUGCCUCUGAACCGUGCGUCUUCAACGAGAAAGUUGACUGGUAUCGUGGUCGCGGUUUCUGGUUUGAUUAUCCGACUUUCAUGCUCAAGAAUGGCCAAUGGGUAGUCGAGCCACCCGAGGGCAUGGAAGGAGAAUUAGGUCCAACUCAGACCUUUGAGAAUCAAGACAGCAUAUUCGAUUUCGCUACCAGAGGUAGAUCAGCACAAUACGAGGCUUAUAUAAAGAAAACGCUGGAUGAGCUGGUGAAGAAGCAAGGCAAGAAGUUCGGUGCCUUGGUGCUAGAGCCCGUCAUUCUCGGAGCCGGAGGUAUGCUGUUUGUCGACCCGCUUUUCCAGCAAAGCUUAGUACGCGUCGUCCGUCAUUAUGACUUUGCAAACGGCUCCAUGGCUACGGAAUUUCCGAAGGACGAGGAUGCUUGGUCUGGUCUUCCCGUCAUGUUUGAUGAGGUGUUCACUGGUUUGUACCGUCUGGGUCGCUUUUCUGCAGCCUCAUUCCUUGACGUUCAUCCCGACAUCAGCGUGAAUGCGAAGUUGCUUACGGGAGGUUUACUUCCGCUUUCGAUUACCAGCGCGAGCCAAUCUGUCUUCGAAGCUUUCUUGGGCGACGAGAAAUUGGAAGCUCUCCUGCAUGGACAUAGCUAUACCGCUCAUGCAGUCGGAUGCCACGUUGCAAAUACAAGUCUGGAUAUCAUGGAGAAAUUGAACUUUGGCCAUGAGCGGAGCUUGGCCGAGAACAAGACUACGACGGUAAGCCGUGGCAGCGGCAAUCGUGUGUGGAGUAUGUGGUCCGAUCCCUUCGUGAAGAGCGUCUCAAAUCAUGAGAGGGUUGAGUAUGUGAACGCCCUGGGCUCAGUGCUGGCCGUAUCGCUCGCUGAUGAAGGCGGUUCUGGCUACACUUCCUCUGCAGCAGUUGGCAUUCGCGAUGCUUUACUCCACGAUGUCUCUGAAUCGCAGGUACAGAUUCAUUCGCGCAUACUGGGCAAUGUUAUCUACCUUAUGGCGAGCAUGACUGCGACCCGCUCUCAACUCGCUCCCAUCGAAGCAGCAUUUAUGGAAAAGUUGGAAAGCGUCAAAAAGGCUUGAAGUAUGGUGGCCUUGAUGUAAUUUCGUGUCACUACUCUCAAAGGUGCACAGAAGUCGCGUAUCAAAUUAAAACAAUUAACGAACCUUUUGCGAAGAUGAAGACUCAGAAUGUAUCCUGAACGGUGGUAAAUACCAGCCUUCUGUCACCUCAUAUGUGUUGGACAAUCUCGCCAAUCACAACGACCGCAAACUUGCUCA